UAUUGUGUGCGCGCGCCUCCCUGACGCUCCAAAGCCCCGUGGAGCUGUUGUUCCCAGAGAGCAGGACAAUCAGACGGACUGUUGGAUAAGAGCGACAAAAGAGAAAGUGCUGUUUGUAAAGAAGUCCUUUUUGGCUCCUUUUUUUUUCCUAUUUGGAAUCGUCGCGCUUUCGGGUGAUCAUUGCAGAGUUUCAGCGGCGGCGCACACACCGGUAUGGAUUUACCAAAGACGAGACGAGACACGCCGUCUAGUCGUCCGCCAAAGUUUUGAUUGUCACCGCUGCCUCUCGAGCCCGGAGCGGAGGCAACGCGCUGAACUUUAAGGCAGCAUUUGUGGAAAGUAGUGACCACAUGUGAGGAGCAUUUGGAGACAAAUACUUUGGCCGGAGCGUCUUUUCGCUGCUCUCUCCUACAUCUCUCAUGGGGUGACCCACAUAGAGCUCCUUAGAUGUGACUGUGGGACAGGCGGUCUCCCCCUGGCCUGAGCCCUCUUCCUGUCCUUUCCUUAAAGGCAAUGAUUAUCGGCUUAGACGCUCUGCACAACUCCACUGUGUGAAUGAAUCUUUGCCGUAAAGCCGCUGUGCUCUGCCACCCUGUCACCAUGAGGAGCAAGUAUUCCCAGUACUACAAUCAGAGUCUGAUCUACUCCUACUAUGCCUACGCUAAGAAUAUGACCACCCAGGAGCUGGCUAAACGUAUUGAGAACAAAAAGCAGCUCACCACCCUCAACAUUGUCAUCGUGGUCCUCUGCACCAUCAUCAUCCUGGAGAAUCUGCUGGUCCUCAUCGCUGUCUGCCGCAACAAGAAGUUCCACUCUGCCAUGUUUUUCUUCAUCGGCAACCUGGCGUUCUCUGACCUGCUGGCAGGCUCGGCCUACAUAGCCAACAUUUUCCUAUCAGGGUCAAGGACCUUUGACUUGAAGCCUGUGCAGUGGUUCAUCCGGGAGGGUACUGCGUUUAUUGCUCUGGCAGCUUCAGUCUUCAGCUUGCUGGCGAUAGCUAUAGAGCGCUAUAUUGCUAUCACUAAGGUCAAGGUGUAUGGCUCUACCAAAACGUGCCGCAUGUUCCUCCUGAUAGGAGCGUGCUGGGUCACCUCCAUCCUGCUCGGAGGACUUCCCAUCAUCGGCUGGAACUGCAUCAACGACCUCCCUGAAUGCUCAGCUGUGUUGCCGCUCUACUCAAAGAAAUACAUCCUCUUUGUUGUCACCAUUUUCAGCCUCAUACUGCUCUCUAUUGUCAUCCUCUAUGUGAGGAUUUAUUUGAUUGUGCGUUCCAGCCACCAGGAAGCAACCAACUCACCGGCCUAUGCCCUUUUGAAAACUGUCACCAUAGUGUUGGGUGUCUUCAUCAUGUGCUGGCUGCCCGCUUUUACCAUCCUCCUCCUAGAUUCAUCUUGCAGGAUACAGUUCUGCCCCAUCCUCUCCAAAGCAGACAUCUUUUUUGGCUUUGCCACUCUGAACUCAGCACUUAACCCCGUGAUCUACACACUGCGCAGCAAGGACAUGAGAAAGGAGUUUCUGCGUGUGUUGUGCUGCUGGGGCGUGCUGCAGAGCGGGCGUCCGGCUGACCGUUGUCUGGUCCCUCUAAAGAGCUCCAGCUCUCUGGAACACUGCACCAACAAACAUGAACACCAGACCACACCAAUCAUGCAAGAUUGUACCACUUGUGUCUGAUGUGGUGCGAAAACAUCAGAGUGCAUGAAUGUAUGUAUGUGUGUGAGCGAGUGAGAGAAAGCACGUGUGUGUGAGAUCAAGACGAGAGGCUGUGAUGUGAAGAAGAGAUGUUUAAAAAAAAGAAGCGAGCACACCCUGGACUGAGAUGCCUGGCAAGGCUACAAUGCAGACUUUUUUUCUUAUUACAAUCAAAAUUGUGUGAAUUCACAAUCAGCAUUUAAUCGAUUCACUUGCGCAGCAGGUGUAACAACACAACGUUUCAAGAGGGGGACCAAUUGAGUAGGCGAGAACUUUCAGAAAUGUGAAAAUAGCUUUUUCAUGGGUACUCUCAUUAAUUCAUAUGGAGUCACAAACCAUUUUCAUGUAUAUGACUGUUUUUUUUUAUCUUUCUCUCCAAACAUGUAAACCCCUAUAAAGAGCCAAAAAUAGAACAUAACAUGCAUGAUGUCACAGUUAUGGUGAGUUUUUCUGGUCGUGUCGAGAACUGAAUCAAUGCAAAGCUUGCAAAGUUGCACUUUGUAGAUUUCUUCAGAGAUUUGUUGUCCGUAGUAAGAUUUAAUCACAUAACUUACUUACUUCAUUAGUCCCACAGAUUGUUCACUCAUUCCUCACAGAGCUUGAGACAACUUGAUCAACUUGACUCAGCACAGCACUCCAGAGAAGCCAAAAUACCACAGAUGCACCCUCAACAAAACCAGGGCUAUAUAUUCCCUAUAUAACCUUGCUUAAACCAUUUGAUUAAGUACAAUUUACAUAAUCUGCUUACAUUUAAUGCAUGAAAUUCUAACUUAUUUGUAAGUGUUAAUGUAUGUAUGAUAUAUUCCAGCUCCAGCUUCCAUCACUAACACCCCUUCCCCUCAUUUGUCCUCAUAAUCUGUCCCUCUUGCUUUUACUGUUGUCUUUUGUAUCUGAACAGUUUCCGUCGAGGAAGGCCUAAUCAGAACACACAUUUCCUGAAGUGAGUUGGCACUGAUGAGUUUUACUCCAUGACAGCUGUCCAGCAGCUUUGACUAAUGGGGCCUGACAGUGUUGUAGCAGGGUAGCAGCAAUGUGCUGUCUCUGUUUGUGCCUUUCUCUUGGGGAAUUAGGCUGAAUGUAUGUAUGAAGUGUUUGGGGCAGGCGCUCCAGUGUUGACAGUAUUAUUGAUCAUCAUUUUGAAUUACCAAGUUAUUGACGAGCAGAGAGUGGGAUGAACAGAGUAGGUCACUCUCAUUGUGAAGUCUUAAUUAGUAGCGUGAACAAAAAAUUUGUUGUGAACAUCCUGGUUUCAAUUUGUUAGCCACAUGCAGCUAACGAUGUAAACAUUUCUCAUCUUUCCAAAGACCCCUCGCCUCCCCUACAAAAUAAGAGGAGAUCCGGUUUUAAAUGUACAGAGGGGGGGAUCUGCCCUCCUGGGAGGUCACCUUCAUCCUCGUUCUCUGACAUCCUAUAACAUGUAACUUCCUUCAGCCACAGGAAGUCCUGUUUUUUAUUGUCCGGUUCCUGUUGUUCAGGGUUACACUAACCUUCUUCCUGUAGACACACAUUCAAACUCUUCUCUCCCUCAGUGUUUUUUUUAUUUUUUUAUAAUGACUUUUACAUUUAGAUGACCAAGUAGAAAUGGUGAAAAGCACUUUGGCAGCUUCAGUGAUGUUUGCUUUCCCACAGUUUUUUUCAGAUAGAGAGGUGUUUAAAUCUGUGUACCCGUCACUUCAUUGUGUUGCUUGACUCUAUGAUGUUUUAUAAUAAAUACAUGAAUAACUAUGUAUGUUUGUAUGUAAGUAUGUAUGAAUUUUUGUACAGUAUGUAUGAUUUGUGUUGUAUAAAAUGUCUUGUGUGCAAUAGCCUUUUGUGUCCAGUAGCACGCUGCCUGUGUUAAAUCGGUACAAUCUGAAACACUAAUGUAGGUACAUAAACUUUUUUGUUAAUUUCAUUCCCUUUUUUUAAAAAAUAAAUGAAAUACUGAAAUAA